CUAACAUAUGUUCCUGACGCCCGCAGACCUCCAACUGACCGCAGUGGACACGUAUGGUCGUGACGGAUCAUGGGCCUAAACAGGUCAGUUAGGAUUAAACUAAAUCGUUCAUGAAAUGGACAUAAUGAGUACUAGUACAGCAUGGAAUUCCACAGUAAUUCUACCCUUAGAUAGUCUGUAAAUGUGUGACGCGCAGCUCGGAUACAAAGAGUUCAUUUAUAUAAUACGCCAAUGUCAACAUUAUGUUCUCGGGUUAUACCUGAAAUCGAUUGACGGCACACCUCCAGUCUUGUUGAAACGGUGUACUGCCAGAAGCGGAAUCAGCCAACCGUAUCGAAGAGAGCUACGCACGCAACUUGGAGUCUUCUAGUAUUUCGUUAAAAUUCACGAAAGCGACCCUAUUUGACUUAAUGCGAAGCUAAAAAAUGUCGCUAUCUGUGAAGAAAGUGUUUGUGACUCUGCUUUCCAUCGUGGUUUUAUUCAUAGUUGGAUUACUCACCACUAUACAUGUUGGACAAGACCGGAGGAUGAUUUCCUGGUUUACACGACAAAAUCGCCCAAUAAGAAAUUCGGGAGAAAAUAAGCCAAAGGCAAAAGAAUUAGGUUCGCCAAAUAAUGUAGAGGUACGCAUAAGUCACGUUCAACGAUUGAAGCUUUUUACAAAUACGACGAAUGGAGUGACUGCCCAUUAUGAACAAGCAAUAUUCCCGACUCCACCUUUGACAAUAGAACAGAUACUUGAGUCAAGGCGCGCAGUGGUCCAAAAGAUAUGUGCCAAAGAGUUCAACAGCAGCGUGAAAACUGUUGGCCGGGCUCCAAUUUUCUUCUAUUCCAAAUCAGCAAAGAUGACAUGCUGUAAAGCUCCAAAAACCGGAAGUUCAUUUUGGGGAACGGUUGUCUUAGCGAUCGAAUCUCAGAAAAAAUCCGAUGAUGCAUUUCAUAUUAACAGGAAUUCAGUCCACGGAAGGAAUGAGAUUGGGCUUGGAACAUUUGUAAACGCAAGUCGACAUUCAUUAUCAGUAAUGGUGUCUCGGGACCCUUUCACUAGAUUGUUCUCUGCUUAUGUUGAUAAAUACUUUCUUCUGGGGCAGCUUGGUCGCAGAAUUCAAAGCGCGCUAAAGAAAGGACCGUUUAGGAUGAAUGGAGGGAUAUGUGGCUAUGACGUAUCAUUUUCUGAUUUCUUAAAUUAUGUCACGGAUAUGGCACUGAAAGGAGUGGACCUGAAUGAACAUUUCAUGCCAGUUGUCAAGCUUUGUGAUCCAUGCAAAUUACAUUAUGAUGUUAUCAGCAAACAGGAGUCUCUCACAAAAGACACAAAACAUGUUCUAGGCCUGCUCAAAUUUUCCGACACAAAGAAAAUGGACAUUCAAAAUAGUUUGAAAAAGGGACUUAAAAAUACAGUUUACUCGCUAGUUUCUUCGUAUUUAACAGACUAUAAAAUAUAUCGCUCUGACUGUCCAGAUAGAGUAAGCCAUUUUGAAAAAGUCUGGAAAACUCUACAAGUCCAGGGUUAUGUGAGUACGAAAGCAGAUUUUCCUAGACGCGAAUUUCAGAAGAUGCGACUUUUCGACGCUGAUGCAAUCACACUACUUAUACUUAAAGAGGUCGAGCGAUUUCCACUGUCAAAGGAGGAAAAAACAUUACAACGACAGUCAGCUGUGUCCAUAGCAUACGCCGACGUGGGACCAGAAGCUAUCGCAAAGAUUCGGAAAGUUUACAAAAUGGAUUUUCUUUUAUUUGGUUACGAUAUGACGCCUCCAGACAAACGACCUGGCGCUGUCACAUUGUGAAUUAAGGCUGAUAUGUAAUCAUGUGUAAUUUAGAUUAUAAAUACAGAAGACCCAGCUGAUUAGAGCACCAUUGUUCCCAACCAAAAUCCUCUGGGUCGCGAGAUCUCGAACUCCUGGGUUAAGUCAAAAUGACCCCCAGGAUUACAGUCCUUUAUGGUAUAACUACAUUUACACUUCCGGCGUGUAUUCUCUAUUUGGCCUAACCAAAGAAUUUGACGGUUACAUGUCGGUAAACUCAAGUCAUUAUGUAAACAAGGAACACAACCCGCUUUAAUGGUUCCGGGUUUUUUUAUGUGAAAUCUAUUUUUGACAUAUGUUUCCAAUAUAUAAACAAUGCCGUUUACACAAAACAACAACAAGAAAGAAGGAAAAAAACUUAUAUUUAUAUUUUGAUAGUUUUUCAUGUUAACGCUACAUUUAAAACAAAUCAAAAUUCCUAAUUCAUUGAACCUUAUACACACUGACAAUGGAAUGGCAAAAUAGCUUAUUCAAAAAUACUGUCAACACAGAAUAUAGUUCUACAGUAAUGUCACAGAAUAUAGUUCUACAGUAAUGUCACAGAAUAUAGUUCUACAGUAAUGUCACAGAAUAUAGUUCUACAGUAAUGUCAUCAUUUCAUUCCAUUUCGUGAGACAUUCUAAAAAUCAACAUCUUCUAUUCAAAUAUUGUUUUUAUUUGCAAACUGUAGAAAUAAGGAAAAAAAAGUGUGUGCCGAAUAUUUGGUAAGGUGAAACAGAGAAUACGUACCGGAAGUGUACAAAUUUAUAUACGUAUACAUGGAUUAAUGUUGAUAUAUUGUUAUAUACAAAUGUAUAUAUUUUUAUAUGUAUACAUGAAUUAUUGAAAUAUUGUUGAUUUUUGUUGUAAUAAGUAUUUAUGACUAUUGCAUUCUGAAGAAAAACUCUCGUGACAACAUGAUAUUAGGGAUGAAAUAUUGAUGUUUUUAUCACAGCACUGUAUUUAGGGGAUAGUAAGUUGUUUUGAGUGGCUAUACUGGCGAUUAGAACAUGAAAUUUGGUUUGAACUCGAGACCGAUAGGUCGAGAGUUUAAACCAAAUGUCAU